AUGCCAGACUUGAGUGGAGGACGGUGGAUGGAUUGGAUGGUUAUGUCAUCAGUCAAUAAGGAUACAGAACAUUUGAACAACACUAUCAAUUACUUGGACUUCACUGGCAUUUAUGGCAACUUGGAACCGGAAACCAAACCUACUCCUAAUCCCCCACCUACAGAAGAAGAGAAAACAAAAUCUAAUCAGGAGGUUGAUAACCCAGAACACUAUAUUAAACAUCCUUUACAGAACAGAUGGGCACUCUGGUUUUUUAAAAAUGAUAAAAGCAAAACUUGGCAAGCAAACCUUCGGCUGAUCUCUAAGUUUGAUACUGUUGAAGACUUUUGGGCUCUGUACAACCAUAUCCAGUUGUCUAGUAAUUUAAUGCCUGGCUGUGACUACUCACUUUUUAAGGAUGGUAUUGAGCCUAUGUGGGAAAAUGAGAAAAACAAACGAGGAGGACGAUGGCUAAUUACAUUGAACAAACAGCAGAGACGAAGUAACCUCGAUCGCUUUUGGCUAGAGACACUGCUGUGCCUUAUUGGAGAGUCUUUUGAUGACUACAGUGAUGAUGUAUGUGGAGCUGUGGUUAAUGUUAGAGCUAAAGGUGAUAAAAUAGCAAUAUGGACUACUGAAUGUGAAAACAGAGAAGCUGUUACACAUAUAGGGAGGGUAUACAAGGAAAGGUUACGACUUCCUCCAAAGAUAAUGAUUGGUUAUCAGUCCCAUGCAGACACAGCUACUAAGAGCAGCUCCACCACUAAACAUAGGUUUGUUGUUUAAGAAGACACCUUCUGAGUAUUCUGAUAAGAGACUGCGUCAAGCAGUCGAGAUUUGGGAGCUGAACCAAAGCCUCUUCAAAAGAAGAGUGGACUGCAUUUAAAUUUGAUUUCCAUCUAAAUGUUGCUAAGAUAUAAGAGAAGUCUCAUUCGCCUUUGUCUUGUACUUCUGUAUUCAUAUAUAUAUGUAUAUAUAGAUAUUUUUUUGUCUUUAAUUUUGGCUAGAGUGUCCACUAUCCCAAUCAAAGAAUUACAGUACACAUUGUCCCCAGAAUCCACAAAUGUGUUCCUGGCCCACUCUGUAAUAGCUUAAAUGAAUUAAUGAUUACAAACACAUUUGACCCAUCUACAAUAUUAAAGAAAAGAAUUUGUAUAUCUGUAUCUUACAAGAGAAUGAUUCUAUUUAUGUUCCAUUAUAUGCAGGAGCGUAUUUUGCUGGUUUGAAAGAGUAUGAUGCAUACAGUUUUCUAACAAUUGUCUUUGUUUCUUUUUACAGCAUUGUCUGUGCUGUACUCUUGCUGAUGGCUGC